ACUUGAGGAUCAAAGCGAAAGUAAAAUGCACCGGCCUAAUAUCUCAUUUUAUGCAAACAGAAAUAUCUCAACACUUAGUUUUCUUAAUUGAGAUUUUCUGGAUGGAACAUCAUUCAGAUAUAUGACGGUUGUCCAUACAUUUCCACGCAGUUCAGUCCAGAUGCAAAUAUCAAAGUCAUCAAAUGGAUCCUUCACAUAACUUCAGUGGACAAACUGAUCUUUGAUUUAGUUUGGUCCAGAUGCAAAGACCAAAUUUAUCUAAACCCAUCUGUGGGCCCGUGAGUGGUGUCUGGUCAGUGGAUCCGCCUCAAAACUUAAGUGGACAUGAAGAUCCUACGUGUAGCAUGGAGCCACCAGAACCCAGCUGUGUGUCCAUGAAGAGUGACUGGUCAAUGGAACCUCCACGUAACUUUAGUGGACACACUGUAACAUCCAAUAAAGCAGAUCGUUACAACACUAAUCUUGGGUUUAGCUCGGACCUGCCAGAACCCAGCUGUGUGUCCAUGAAGAGUGACUGGUUGAUGGAACCUCCACGUAACUUUAGUGGACACAAUGAAUUUGGGGUUAGACCAGAGCUGCCAGCAUCCAGCUGUGUCCAGGAGGAGUGACAUGUCAAUGGAUCCUUCACUUAACUUUAGUGGAUAUACUGAUCUUUGGUUUAGCCAUGACCCUCAACAUGCCAAAGUCCUCAAAGUCCUCCUAGAUAUUAGAUCUAAUCUGAAGAAGAAGUUUCAGUGUCUGUAUGAGGGAAUAGCAAAGCAAGGAAACCCUACAUUCCUGAAUGAGAUCUACACAGACCUCUACAUCACAGAGAGUGAGAGUGGAGAGAUCAAUAAUGAGCAUGAGGUGAGACAUUUUGAAAUACAAUACAGGAGAGUAUCAACAGAGGACACGCCAAUCAAAUGCAGAGACAUCUUUAGACCUUUACCUGGACAAGACAAACCCAUCAGAUCUGUGCUGACAAAGGGAGUUGCUGGCAUUGGAAAAACAGUUUCUGUGCAGAGGUUCAUCCUGGACUGGGCUGAAGGGAAAGAGAAUCAGGACAUCAAAAAACUCAGUCUUUCAGAUCUUCUUCUUAUCUUUUUUCCUGAUACCAAAGAAAUGGAAUUAUCCAGUGACAAAUAUAAAGUGAUGUUCAUCUUUGAUGGUCUGGAUGAGUGUUGUCUGUCUCUGGAUUUUCAGUCUAUUCUGAGGUUGUGUGAUGUACGUGAAUCAGCCUCAGUGGAUGUGCUGCUGAUGAACAUCAUUGCAGGGAAUCUGCUUCCCUCUGCUCUCAUCUGGAUCACCUCCAGACCAGCAGCAGCUGAUCUCGUCCCCUCUGAGUGUGUCCAUCGAGUGACAGAGGUACGAGGCUUCAAUGAGCCACAGAAGGAGGAAUACUUCAGGAAGAGAAUCAGUGAUCAAAACAAUUAUCUCACACCUGAAGUCAUCAAGAAGCCUCCACAUAAUGUGCCACAUCCUAGUGUUUUUUCUGGAUCUCAUCCACUGUUUUAGAGAAGAUGUUGAGUGAAGUAGGGAGUGGAGAGAUUCCCAAGACUCUCACUCAAAUGUACACGCACUUCCUGAUCAUUUAAACCAACAUUAAACACGAGAAGGACUAUGAAAAGAACGUGAAGGAUGAGAACAUGAUUCUUAAACUGUGGAAGCUGGCUUUUCAGCAACUUGUGAAAGGCAACCUCAUCUUCUAUGAGGAAGACCUGAGCGAUUGUGGCAUUGAUGAGACAGAAGCAUCAGUGUACUCAGGACUGUGCACUCAGAUCUUCAGAGAGGAGUUUGGCUUGCAUCAGGGGAAAGUAUUCUGCUUUGUACAUCUGAGCAUCCAGGAGCAUCUAGCAGUUCUAUAUGUGCUACUUUCAUUCCUGUUGAACAAGAGGGAUGUGCUCAAUGAAACUGUCAAGUCAAGUCACCUUUAUUUAUAUAGCGCUUUAAAGAGCC